AUGUCUUAUUUUAUUUAUCAGGUGAAGUGUGUGAAGUUCAGCUGUGGCCCCCAUGAGAAGUGUGAGGUGAAGAACGGUGUCAGGGAUUGCCAGGGUGUUGGAAAGGGAGUCUGCACCAUCUCAGGUGACCCACAUUACAAGACCUUUGACAACAGCACCUAUGACUUCCAAGGUACCUGCACCUACACUGCAGCUCAAGGCUGCCAUCUAGAGGGCACCCGCCUCAACCCCUUCUCUGUAGUGGUGGAGAACGAGAAGUGGUACGCCAUGUCAAAUAAUCCAAAGGUAGCCGUUGCCAAGCUUGUGGCUGUAGAAGUCUAUGGUAACACCCUGGUUCUAAGGAAGAAUCAAGCAGGAAUGAUAAUGGUAAAUGGAAUUAUGAUGAGCCUCCCUGUGAAUCUAAACAACGGAGCAGUGCAGGCCUACCAAGAGGGCACCUACGAUGUCAUCAUAACAGACUUCGGUCUGAGAGUCACCUAUGACCUUGUGUACCACGUCAUGGUCACCGUCCCUGGCAACUACCGAGGCAAGACCUGUGGUCUGUGUGGCAAUUUCAACGACAACAAGAAUGAUGAGUUUCAACUGCCUGAUGGGAAAAUCACCAAGGACCUCCUGACCUUUGGGGCAGCCUGGAAGAUAAGUGUGCCGCAUGUGGUUUGUGAGGAUGGAUGCAGCGGAGAAUUUUGCCCCAAGUGUGACGCUAAUAAAAAAGCCAUAUUUGAGGCCGACUGUAGUAUCAUCACAAACCCUAAAGGUCCCUUCGCCGCCUGCCACAAUGUGAUAGACCCUGCCUCUUACUUCAGAGAUUGUGUCUAUGAUGUCUGCUUGUCUGAGGGAGACCGUAAGGUUCUCUGUCACAGCAUAUCAGCAUACAUGAUCGACUGCCAGGACUUUGGGGUUAACAUCAGUAACUGGAGAACACCAACCUUCUGUCCCCUGGACUGUCCUGCCAACAGCCACUACCAGAGCUGCUCUGAGAUCUGUGCCACCCCAUGUCCCGGCCUCUCUGACAUUAUCACCUGCCCCACCACUUGUGCUGAGGGCUGUGCCUGCAAUACAGACUACUACUUCAACGGGACAGGCUGUGUUAAGUGGGACCUGUGCAGCUGUUACCACAAAGGACGCACCUACAAGAUUGGUGAGUCUGUGUUGUCAGAGGAUUGCCAGGAGCUCUGCACCUGCACUGCCUCUGGUGAUGUGAAAUGUGAGGCCACCAAGUGCAAGGCUGACGAGAGCUGCCAGGUCAUGAAUGGUCACCUGGGCUGUGUUAGAAAGGGAGUCUGCACCAUCUCAGGUGACCCACAUUACAAGACCUUUGACAACAGCACCUAUGACUUCCAAGGUACCUGCACCUACACUGCAGCUCAAGGCUGCCAUCUAGAGGGCACCCGCCUCAACCCCUUCUCUGUAGUGGUGGAGAACGAGAAGUGGUACGCCAUGUCAAAUAAUCCAAAGGUAGCCGUUGCCAAGCUUGUGGCUGUAGAAGUCUAUGGUAACACCCUGGUUCUAAGGAAGAAUCAAGCAGGAAUGAUAAUGGUAAAUGGAAUUAUGAUGAGCCUCCCUGUGAAUCUAAACAACGGAGCAGUGCAGGCCUACCAAGAGGGCACCUACGAUGUCAUCAUAACAGACUUCGGUCUGAGAGUCACCUAUGACCUUGUGUACCACGUCAUGGUCACCGUCCCUGGCAACUACCGAGGCAAGACCUGUGGUCUGUGUGGCAAUUUCAACGACAACAAGAAUGAUGAGUUUCAACUGCCUGAUGGGAAAAUCACCAAGGACCUCCUGACCUUUGGGGCAGCCUGGAAGAUAAGUGUGCCGCAUGUGGUUUGUGAGGAUGGAUGCAGCGGAGAAUUUUGCCCCAAGUGUGACGCUAAUAAAAAAGCCAUAUUUGAGGCCGACUGUAGUAUCAUCACAAACCCUAAAGGUCCCUUCGCCGCCUGCCACAAUGUGAUAGACCCUGCCUCUUACUUCAGAGAUUGUGUCUAUGAUGUCUGCUUGUCUGAGGGAGACCGUAAGGUUCUCUGUCACAGCAUAUCAGCAUACAUGAUCGACUGCCAGGACUUUGGGGUUAACAUCAGUAACUGGAGAACACCAACCUUCUGUCCCCUGGACUGUCCUGCCAACAGCCACUACCAGAGCUGCUCUGAGAUCUGUGCCACCCCAUGUCCCGGCCUCUCUGACAUUAUCACCUGCCCCACCACUUGUGCUGAGGGCUGUGCCUGCAAUACAGACUACUACUUCAACGGGACAGGCUGUGUUAAGUGGGACCUGUGCAGCUGUUACCACAAAGGACGCACCUACAAGAUUGGUGAGUCUGUGUUGUCAGAGGAUUGCCAGGAGCUCUGCACCUGCACUGCCUCUGGUGAUGUGAAAUGUGAGGCCACCAAGUGCAAGGCUGACGAGAGCUGCCAGGUCAUGAAUGGUCACCUGGGCUGUGUUAGAAAGGGAGUCUGCACCAUCUCAGGUGACCCACAUUACAAGACCUUUGACAACAGCACCUAUGACUUCCAAGGUACCUGCACCUACACUGCAGCUCAAGGCUGCCAUCUAGAGGGCACCCGCCUCAACCCCUUCUCUGUAGUGGUGGAGAACGAGAAGUGGUACGCCAUGUCAAAUAAUCCAAAGGUAGCCGUUGCCAAGCUUGUGGCUGUAGAAGUCUAUGGUAACACCCUGGUUCUAAGGAAGAAUCAAGCAGGAAUGAUAAUGGUAAAUGGAAUUAUGAUGAGCCUCCCUGUGAAUCUAAACAACGGAGCAGUGCAGGCCUACCAAGAGGGCACCUACGAUGUCAUCAUAACAGACUUCGGUCUGAGAGUCACCUAUGACCUUGUGUACCACGUCAUGGUCACCGUCCCUGGCAACUACCGAGGCAAGACCUGUGGUCUGUGUGGCAAUUUCAACGACAACAAGAAUGAUGAGUUUCAACUGCCUGAUGGGAAAAUCACCAAGGACCUCCUGACCUUUGGGGCAGCCUGGAAGAUAAGUGUGCCGCAUGUGGUUUGUGAGGAUGGAUGCAGCGGAGAAUUUUGCCCCAAGUGUGACGCUAAUAAAAAAGCCAUAUUUGAGGCCGACUGUAGUAUCAUCACAAACCCUAAAGGUCCCUUCGCCGCCUGCCACAAUGUGAUAGACCCUGCCUCUUACUUCAGAGAUUGUGUCUAUGAUGUCUGCUUGUCUGAGGGAGACCGUAAGGUUCUCUGUCACAGCAUAUCAGCAUACAUGAUCGACUGCCAGGACUUUGGGGUUAACAUCAGUAACUGGAGAACACCAACCUUCUGUCCCCUGGACUGUCCUGCCAACAGCCACUACCAGAGCUGCUCUGAGAUCUGUGCCACCCCAUGUCCCGGCCUCUCUGACAUUAUCACCUGCCCCACCACUUGUGCUGAGGGCUGUGCCUGCAAUACAGACUACUACUUCAACGGGACAGGCUGUGUUAAGUGGGACCUGUGCAGCUGUUACCACAAAGGACGCACCUACAAGAUUGGUGAGUCUGUGUUGUCAGAGGAUUGCCAGGAGCUCUGCACCUGCACUGCCUCUGGUGAUGUGAAAUGUGAGGCCACCAAGUGCAAGGCUGACGAGAGCUGCCAGGUCAUGAAUGGUCACCUGGGCUGUGUUAGAAAGGGAGUCUGCACCAUCUCAGGUGACCCACAUUACAAGACCUUUGACAACAGCACCUAUGACUUCCAAGGUACCUGCACCUACACUGCAGCUCAAGGCUGCCAUCUAGAGGGCACCCGCCUCAACCCCUUCUCUGUAGUGGUGGAGAACGAGAAGUGGUACGCCAUGUCAAAUAAUCCAAAGGUAGCCGUUGCCAAGCUUGUGGCUGUAGAAGUCUAUGGUAACACCCUGGUUCUAAGGAAGAAUCAAGCAGGAAUGAUAAUGGUAAAUGGAAUUAUGAUGAGCCUCCCUGUGAAUCUAAACAACGGAGCAGUGCAGGCCUACCAAGAGGGCACCUACGAUGUCAUCAUAACAGACUUCGGUCUGAGAGUCACCUAUGACCUUGUGUACCACGUCAUGGUCACCGUCCCUGGCAACUACCGAGGCAAGACCUGUGGUCUGUGUGGCAAUUUCAACGACAACAAGAAUGAUGAGUUUCAACUGCCUGAUGGGAAAAUCACCAAGGACCUCCUGACCUUUGGGGCAGCCUGGAAGAUAAGUGUGCCGCAUGUGGUUUGUGAGGAUGGAUGCAGCGGAGAAUUUUGCCCCAAGUGUGACGCUAAUAAAAAAGCCAUAUUUGAGGCCGACUGUAGUAUCAUCACAAACCCUAAAGGUCCCUUCGCCGCCUGCCACAAUGUGAUAGACCCUGCCUCUUACUUCAGCGAUUGUGUCUAUGAUGUCUGCUUGUCUGAGGGAGACCGUAAGGUUCUCUGUCACAGCAUAUCAGCAUACAUGAUCGACUGCCAGGACUUUGGGGUUAACAUCAGUAACUGGAGAACACCAACCUUCUGUCCCCUGGACUGUCCUGCCAACAGCCACUACCAGAGCUGCUCUGAGAUCUGUGCCACCCCAUGUCCCGGCCUCUCUGACAUUAUCACCUGCCCCACCACUUGUGCUGAGGGCUGUGCCUGCAAUACAGACUACUACUUCAACGGGACAGGCUGUGUUAAGUGGGACCUGUGCAGCUGUUACCACAAAGGACGCACCUACAAGAUUGGUGAGUCUGUGUUGUCAGAGGAUUGCCAGGAGCUCUGCACCUGCACUGCCUCUGGUGAUGUGAAAUGUGAGGCCACCAAGUGCAAGGCUGACGAGAGCUGCCAGGUCAUGAAUGGUCACCUGGGCUGUGUUAGAAAGGGAGUCUGCACCAUCUCAGGUGACCCACAUUACAAGACCUUUGACAACAGCACCUAUGACUUCCAAGGUACCUGCACCUACACUGCAGCUCAAGGCUGCCAUCUAGAGGGCACCCGCCUCAACCCCUUCUCUGUAGUGGUGGAGAACGAGAAGUGGUACGCCAUGUCAAAUAAUCCAAAGGUAGCCGUUGCCAAGCUUGUGGCUGUAGAAGUCUAUGGUAACACCCUGGUUCUAAGGAAGAAUCAAGCAGGAAUGAUAAUGGUAAAUGGAAUUAUGAUGAGCCUCCCUGUGAAUCUAAACAACGGAGCAGUGCAGGCCUACCAAGAGGGCACCUACGAUGUCAUCAUAACAGACUUCGGUCUGAGAGUCACCUAUGACCUUGUGUACCACGUCAUGGUCACCGUCCCUGGCAACUACCGAGGCAAGACCUGUGGUCUGUGUGGCAAUUUCAACGACAACAAGAAUGAUGAGUUUCAACUGCCUGAUGGGAAAAUCACCAAGGACCUCCUGACCUUUGGGGCAGCCUGGAAGAUAAGUGUGCCGCAUGUGGUUUGUGAGGAUGGAUGCAGCUGA